GACUUGGAUAGUUGCUAUUCUUGUGGCGUGUUUUAUUUAUUCCAAUGGUCAGGAGACUAAAUGCCUUUAAGAAGUUCCCACAGAGACAAGAUGGUACAACAAAAGCUCAGACAAGUGAUAUUCUAGCAAAGAUCGACGCUGCCUUGAGUGAAGAAACUGCAGUCAAUAAUUCAGUGAACGAAAUAUCCGCUCAGAGAGUGGCACCCAUCGAAAAUAAAUACUUUGCCCUUGACACCUGUCCAAGGACACUAGUAUCCGUCACCUCACUUAACGUAAACGGCAAUGUGUGCUAUGUUGUGCGUCCGAGACAACAAAGGGUGACUUAUGCAAUAUGCAGAGGAAGUAAUUGCUACGGGAACACAUUUUACAACAGCCGGUGUUUCACAACCGGAUGGACUAAGCUGAAAUUUUGGGUGUGGUGUCCAAGAUGUGGUUUCCAACUGAUCUCCAGGUGGUACCCAUAAUGCUGUUCUUGCUACAGAUGGCGCAGUUGUCUCACAAAAGUAUAAAUAAAUGAUAAUACUGCUCGUUUAGUUUUAUGAAAAA